GUAAUUCACGAGUCAACUACCUGCACCAAGAAAGUUACCUACCUAUUCACCCAACCCACAUACCAUGCGCCAACGGAUGCGCGGUGGUGGCAACGCCAACUCAUAUCAUGUACCAUCCACACUCUGCUUGCCUUCAAGGUUGUCAUUGAAAUUAAGUUAGGCAAUACCAACCCACUUCAAUCCAAACACUUUGUGACGAACGUUCCCUCCGCCCCAUCGAUCCCAAAUGCGCACAACCAUGACCGACCGCAACGCGCCAACGACUGGCAUCCGACUUCCUUGCCAAUCGAACUCUCGCGUCCGCCUCAUCGUUGCAGAUCCACCCAAUGCGUCCCGCCUGACGACCGACACAGUGUUAUUUUGCUGAACCUCGAGUCCCCUUUUUCUUAA